CGAGCUGCAUCCAACAGAAGACUCGAGCCUGUGCAUGUUUGUUCCACAAGACAAUCAUCACUAUCACCAACAGCAAGCUCAUCUUCUACUCUAGCCAGUACCUUUCCCUUAUAAAAGCCAUAAACCAAACUAAACCAAGCCAAGUAACAUCCUGAUUGGUUGACUGAUUUAUCCAGGUUGGGAUAUGGGUAGCCUGCUUCUAUUCUCGAGACGACAAUGAAUUUUCUGUGGUCUUUCUCGGCACUAUACUCCCUGAUUCUUCUGCUACAUGUGCCGCAAGAGUGUGAAGCAUCUUCCUUUGGGGCUCUUAGCUGUGUCGUAGGAAGUGAUGGACUGGGCGGAGCUCACUUGUCUGCCGAUACAUUGGAAACCGGGAAUCUGGACACCCUGUUUUCCGUGCAACUGGAUGGAGUGGAAAUCACCACCGGCCAAGAUGUGAGCUUUAUCCCGGAAGGCGCCGAGUUUAGAAUGCCCUUGGUCGUCUUGACCAAUGACGUUGACACCACGCCCAUUCGAGGCUUUAACAUGCUAGUCUCCCUGCAAGACGAUUCCGCUACCGCCUCUCUACUAAUUCAGUCUGAUACGCAACAAGAAAACACCGAGUGUGUAGGCGUUACGACUUCCGGGAUUACGCAUACCAGCAGUGACCCCAAGAGCGAAGUAUCGACUGAAAUUUUGGUCAUUGAUCCACUCUUUGGACAACCACAACGAACCGACAGCCUACAACUGAGUAUUGAUGUUACUAUCGUUGUACAAAAUUCAGCAGGCAUCUCCCGCUACUACUACUCCCAGUACUUUAUCCAACUCCGAUCACUCGUUACCCUGGUACCCACCGUGGCUACUACCAAUCAACCCACCACCAUGCCCAGCAGUGGUGUUGCAGCAGCAGCAACAGCAGCAACCACUCUGCCAACUCCAUUGACCACAAUUUCGAGCACAGCCUUUGCCACUGCCAUUGCCACCACCAGUCAACCUUCCGGCACGUCGUUUCCCACUGCGACGGGAACCAGUACCUUGGCACCCACCGUGCAAGGAGGGACUACCGUACCCACUGUGGGAGCCACCACGACCGUACUGCCCACCCCCAAUGGUUUCACUACUGUACCGACCACCUUUGGGAGUUGUCCCGCAUUUGGUGCAGAUGACGAGGAAAUUACCUGUCAAGACUGUUUGGAAGCGGGAUGUUCGUGGGCUUUGGGACAGUGUUUCAAUCAGUGUGAUGUCAUUGCAGAUGUCACCUGUUACAAUCAAGAGAUUUUGGAAGGACAAUCGCCUCCCGACAUUUGUGCACUGGUUGUGAUGGAUCAAGAAAAUGCGGCCAUUUGCUAUAAUGGCAAUACGUGUGAGGAAUGUGUAAACACGCGACAAACGACGGGCGAUGCGUGUGAAUGGUAUCCCGGCGCGGAAAUUUGUGGAACAGGAGGGUGUAACUCGGCAGGAUGUGGUACCACCACGUGUGAUGAGACAACAGCUCCAACGACGGUAGUCGCCGAAACCACGGUACCAACCACAGUGGGGGACCCGACUUGCCCCGCCUUUGCUUCAGGGGAAGAGCCCUCGUGCGAACAAUGUUUGGAGGCGGGCUGUUCGUGGACCCUCGGAUUGUGUUUCAAUGGAUGUGCCAUUCCCGAUGCUUCUUGUUACAAUCAAGAGAAUUUCGGAGGACAACCCGAUGCCAUUUGCACCCUUUAUGCGGUCGA